AUGUGUAUACUCUGCGUGGUGCAGAGGUGGUCCCGUCGGGCUAUCGGCAUGCUUCCGUGGCUGGUGAUUCCCCUCAUCCUGCUAUGGGCCGUCUCCCAGCUUCUCCCUCCGGGUCUCCGGUUCGAGAUCACGUCUCCGCGCUUGGCCUGUGUGGCGGUUCUCCUCGGUACGAUCUUCUGGUACGAGAUUCUCCUGCCUCAGCUGUCUGUAUAUCGAGCACUUAGGCGCGCACGGAUCCGGGAGCAGCAACUGAGCUUCGCCGUCGAGGUGCAGAAGCUCCGGAAGACUGCCACACGGCGGUGUCGCAACUGCCUCGCACCCUACCGCGACCAGAACCCCGGCGGCGGCAAGUUCAUGUGCUCCUAUUGCGGGCACCUGUCCAAGAGACCGAUCUUGGACCUCCCGGGUCCUCCUGGAAGAUCAGGGGUCCUCGGUAACUUGAUCGGGAAGAACGGUUGGUUUUGGAACCUCGAGUGCUCAGCGCAAGGAGGUGGGCAUUGGGACGGUCAUGGGAGUCAUGCCUCACGGCAUUGGGCAGGCGGCGUCGAAGAGCAAGGUUCCGAAGAGGAGGCCUGCUCGCGGGGCGCAGUCUUCACAUGGCGACUUCUUUCUUCAUUUUUCUCUUUCACGAGUCGGUUCUGUGGGAAGGUCAUGAAGCUGGGUUCUCUCGUUGAAGACGGUGUUUCGGGCGCAGAGCACAAAGGAUCGUCGAAAGGCAUUGAACAUGUCGGGCAAGGCAGCAAGGGAGAGAAAGCGAGGAGGAAGGCGGAAGAAAAGAGGCUGGCGAGGCUGGAGAAGGAAAUGUUAGAAGAAGAAGAGAGGAAACAGAGGGAAGAAGUUGCCAGAUUAAUAGAGGAAAGGAGGAAGCUUAGGGACGAACAAAUGGAAGAAGCUAAUAAAGAGAGACUGAAGGUCUUGGCCUUGGACGGAUCCAGGGGCGGGGGAAAAGAAGAAUCCGAUAAGAGGAGGCGAAGUAGAAAGAAGGAGAAAGACAAGAACUCUAGUAAAAGUAACUCUGACGGGGAAGAUCAUGACAGCAGGGUGGAUAAGGAAGCCGAAAGGAAGCGUGAGUUCGAAAGGAAGAACGACCAUGCAAAGCAGGACUCGUGUAGAAACCAGAGAAUGCAUGCAGAAGUUGCGAGUGGUGUAGUGGGUGCGGCACAUAAAUCCAAGUACUUUGAUGGCGUGAAGGGGGCUUCUCUGUCAUCAUCUAGAAGUUCUAAUGGAUGGACUCUAUUUGGCAAGAAUUCCCACUCUGUUACUGUCCCUGGUAGCAGGUCGAAUAAGCCUGUUGUUGGCAAUGUGGACAAGGGGCAGAGGAAGGACGCUGGUGCUGUAGUCCAUGCUUCUGGAGAACCUUCAUCAAAUGGAGAUUCCGGAACGUCUGGAAAUGCUUGCCCUCGGCCUGUAAGCUCUCUUUCAUUCAAAUCUAUCCCGCCCUGUUUUGAGUUCUUUCUUGAGGGCGUCACAUACAGGACAUAAACCUCGUGGUUAUGCUUGAUGUUCUUAUUGCAUCCUUGUUUGAUUUGUGGAACACCGUUCACCAGGUCGCUCUGGAUCCGACUCAAACAAGCACCCCAAAAAAAGCAUGGCAUCAGCUAUUUGCUCGCCCUUCGCUACGUCCAUCUCCUGAGGAAAAUGUUGGGAAGAAAGUAGAUCAGACGGGUAACCCGGAAGGUAAAUCUUCGGAUUUGGCAGAUGGUAGAUCUCCAAGCCAGCCUUCAACCAAGCAGAUGCUGUUUGAACAGUCCUUGGCUUUGACAAACGAUCCUUCGACAAAUGGUUCUUUGUCCAAUAUCCCAUCUUCUCCCACAGUUUCGGAGUCCAGAGUCCCGCUUUCCAGAGAGCUGGGACAUAAUUCUCGUACGGAGAAGGAACUAUUUCAAGACCCGUGCUUUGUCCCUGACCCUGCCUCAAUGAUCGGGUCCAUUUCAGAGUCUCGGGACAAUCAUUCAGCAGGCUCUGGAUCUGAUUUUAAAGACGACUUUAUAUCGGAUUCAAAAUCUCGUAGUCUGAGGAAAGUAUGCGACUCCACUGACGUGAAGAGGCCUUCUCCAAUUGAAUCACCCUUGUCAAAAUUGUGGAUGUCCAAAGGAAGGCACACUGGUUCUGGUUCUGGUUCUGGUUCUUGCAGCCCAAACCUGCAAGAUCCGAGUGCCUUGCCUGAGGGUGAAUCUAAGAAUGUCAAUGAGCAGGGAACAUGGCAAAUGUGGAGUUCUUCUUUGUGUAAGGAUGGACUGGAUUUAGUUGGGGGGCCCGCAAGCUGGCUUUCAGCCCUGGAGCAGGAUAGAGUUACUCCGGAUGCAAUCACUCGUCCACCAGCCGAGAAUCCUGUCACGUCUGUUGGUGUGAUGGAGAAGAACAUCUUGAGAAGCACAUUCAAGCAUUCUGACAGUGUCUGCACUGGAAACCCCGGGGAUGAUGGAUUGGUGAGUCCAUUCACCGCAAAGGAUCCUUGGUUUUCCCCGUUGCACUCUUUUCCGGGUGACGGGGAAAACCAUUUUCCUCACCCCAGAUUCCACGGCGGUGUGGCUCAGGAGGAAACGUUUGGAAGUCCAAACAUAUAUGCUUCGGGUCUGCCACUUGAUCAAUCUCAAGCCUAUUACUGUCCCGGGUAAGUUCUAAGGCAUGCCUUCUACGCUGAAACUUCUAUUUGUCAUCUCGUUUGAUAUGAUUGCCGCAUCUGGUGUUUUUUCUGUUUUAUUUUUUGAUUAAAAUGCCUGUUUUCUUUGUUUUCUGUUCUUACUAUCAACGGUGCUGUGAAGAUGACUCGUUUGAUAUUCCUAUUGGCGACUGUGAAGAUGGGUUAUGUUUUUUUUCUACUUACCUCCUGUGUCGUUUUAGAAAAAUGUCAAAGAGGUUCAAGGGGCGGAUGCCAUUGGAUAUAUGACAUAAACAUUCUGAAACUCUCAGAAUGUCCUUACCUAGUCAACCUAGACCUGAAUGUUAUCCUCCACUUAAAUUCCUUCAGGUAGUUCUAUCAAUUAAUAAACUUUGGGCAAUUUUUUCUGUCACUUCAAUUCAUAGAACAAUUGCUGGUUAUAUACAAUUACCCCGGCCUCAAAAGAGGUAAGCUACCUCGGUUGAAUCCCAGGAUUUUGUAGGAUGUUCAAGCAAAUUAUGAAACCAACCAACAACCCAACCAUUGAUUAUAUGUUCUUUUUUCUCAUAUUAACCUUUCAUUGAGAAACAUCUGAGGUCCCAUAUAUGGUGGCAAAAAUGUUAACCGAAUCAUUAGUUUUAGAUGGAACAUUCUGUUGCUAGUCCUCUGUGCAUCAUGCCCUCCGGGGCAGGCGGCUUGGGGGAAUUUUCACAUUCUUUUGCUUGCCCUGCAUAGCUUUUAGGGGUGUUUUCCUUGGAUUCGUCAUUCUUUGGCUCUGCACCAGCUUCAAAGAAAGCUACGUGCUGAGUGAGGGUUCCAGAAUCGAGAGAGAGGAACAGAGAGAGAGAACAAGCAGCAGAAUAGUCCGUCUGAUCUUGGGCUGUCGAUUGUACAGAUAUGAGGCUAACGGUGCUUGGCAGGCUGCUUCGUGUAGUGAGCAGCCAGCCCAGUGCUGACUCCAUGCGAUGAUUAUUCGUCUCUCUUGCAGCUUGUUCUGAGCCGAGCUUUCGUGUCUGUGCACGCGUUUUCUUCCCUGCUAUGAGCUCUCCCGAGUGUCUCAUUUUUUUGCAUUUCAUUUUUUGUGGCGUCCUUUCUCAGAAAUUGGGCGGCGGCCUGGAGGAAGAACGUUGGGAUCCCCAACCCAGUCAGGCCGCCCCACCUCGGGAGGUUCUUCCUGCCGGCCUCGAUGUACAGUCAGCCUCUGCCUGCCCGCUCUCUCCAAGGUACAAGGCAGCAGGACGGCACCCUCAGGCGGCUAUGA